ACCACUUAGUCCACUCUGUGCCAAGUAUGAGUUGGUAGCCAAGCCAGGCCUCAGCUGGGCCACAUCUGGAGAAUUGGGGUGAGGGCACGACACCGAAUAAUUCUGGACUUAGCCCAUUCAUUCUUCUUGGGGGCACCAAGAAAAAGUAACCUAUGAUCUUAGAACACAACACCUGCACCGAAGUCCAGCAGCACAGUUGCCUGCCCUCACCUCUCUCUGCCCCUGCUCUGGCUGCUCCCCAUCUGCCUCCCUGCUAAGGUCUAUGCCUCAUAUUAUCUCUCGGACACCUAUGAUGUCCCAGAGCAGACGUCCUGCAGGUGUGCCUGCAGAUGGGAAUAUCUCUCCAAGUGUCAUUCAAGUGAUUGUGAAGACACCGGGACACCAGAACAGCUUUACGGUAGCUGGUGACACCUCAGUGAGGCAAUUCAAGGAGAAGCUGUCUGCUCACUUCAAAUGCCAAAUGGACCAACUGGUCCUGGUUUUCAUGGGCCGCCUCCUCAAAGACCAUGACAUACUGAGUCAGAGGGGCAUCAAAGAUGGCCAAACCAUUCACGUGGUCAUCAAGUCCAAGAAUGGCUCCAGAUCCCUGGCUCAUUCUUUCCGGAAACUGUUAACGAACAAUCCCUGCCAUCAAGACAGAAGCACCAAAGGAAACAGCAGUGGAGUGUCCCAGUCUGCAGGCAUGGGUCAAACCAAAGAAGAAUCACCCCUUCUCAUGGAGUCUGAUGCACCCAAGGUGGGUACUCAAGGCCCAGAAUUGGACAGUCCAGAGCAUAUUGCACAGAUGUUGAAGAAUCUUUGUGUUCAGAGGAUGUUGUCCAAUAUGGAUAUCAUGCACCAGCUUAUCUCAGAACAUCCAGAUAUGCAAGAACUGUUGCAGCAGAACCCAGAAAUCUCCCAUAUCCUCGAAAAUUCUGAGAUUCUAUGCCACACUCUGGAGUUGGCCAGGCACCUUUCCGUUAUUCAAGAGAUAAUGCAGAUCAAUCAGCCAGCACAGAACCUUGAGCAUCUACAGAACCCACAGCCGUACCUGGGCUUAGAGACAAUUCCAAAUGGGAACAAUGCCUUGGGCCAGAGCUAUGAUUUCAAUAACCAAAUUCUCAAUGGGAUGCAAGAUCUUUUAUGGGGCAACACUUUUACAGCCCUUCUGGCUGGUCAAGUACUAGAGCAAGUCCAGACUUCUUCCCAAUCUCUUCCAUCAUCCUCUGAGGAACAAUGGCCCCGCCCCCCUGCCCAAGUCAUUUAUGCUAAUUCUUGUGGAUUAUCAUCAAUCACCCCAACAAAUGCUACUCUAAGCAAUGCCAAUCAUGCUUCCAGGGAAAAUCCAGCCUCAGUCGCCCCUAAGGGCCAAAGCCAUGUCUGUGCUAUUCAGCAGCCAGCUGGGAUCCCAACCUUACCCAACACAGCCGUCACCCAGGAGCUUCAGGAAGAUGAUAAGGGUAUGGCCAUCCCUGUGGGUACUUCUGACCAGGGAUUAGAGGGAGAUCUCCAGCAGUCAGGUGAGCAGACCAGCUCUCAGCUCACAGGAGGAAUGAUCCAAUUGCUUAGGAACUAUCCAUACAUGGCUGCUCAGAUGCUGCUGCUCAUGAAUAUGCCCCAGCAGAGUGAACAGUGGAGACAACAAUCUCCCACAUCCUUGCAGUCAUCACAGCUUUCAGACUUGCUUUUAGCCCUAGCCAACCCUAAAACAUCACAAGCAAUACUACAGAUCGAGCAUGGUCUACAGUUAUUGGCUACAGAGGCUCCUAUUCUUUUGCCAUGCAUUGAACCUUCCCUUUGGGGUCUAGGUUGGCUUCCUCCUUUCAGCUGUGUCUACCCUGAUACAGUGCCCUGGACCCUGAAUGUGUCAGACAUGGCUGAGCCUGAAUGUGGCCCCCAAUCUGGAACAGUGCUGCAAAAAUCACAGCCUCCAUCUGGAGACCCUUCCCAUUCCUUACAAGCCUCCGAGGUUCGUUUCAGCAAGCAGAUAGAGCAUCUCCAGACCCUGGGAUUUGUGAAUGACAAUGCCAAUGUACAAGCACUCAUUGCUACUGAUGGGGACACAAACGCUGCUGUUCACAAGCUCAAGAAGUCACAGGAAUCCUGACCAUCGUGUCUUUCCAUCUGCUUCCUGCCUGCGUGUGGACCCAUUUCACCUCCUCAUCUGCCUUUGCUACCUUUCCUAUGCUUCCAAAUGGGAGAAGUACCGGAACAGGAAAACCGAUCAAUGCUUGCUCAACUGAAUACUAGAUCACUGGUCAUGGCUGGAAGAUCUGUCAAUAAAAUGGCUACACCUACUUGCCUUCA